CAUGCCACAGCAUGUUCCGUGAGUGAGAAGUAAUGCCUUCACUGCUGUCUCCCAGUCUACGGCUUUAAAUGGUGCGCGCGCGGCGGUGGCGUUGAGGAGAGGAGAGACCAGCAUGGGCGGGCUGUGUGUGAACAUCCCGUGACCGGCAGCCAGUCUCACGGAGCUAGCGCGCCGCUCGUGUGAUGCACUGUGGCGGAGAUCGACAGGAGAGGAACGGAGGAAAGAACAUCCAGUGAUGGAACUGAGGAGAUCCAGAUGCUCCCCUGUGAACUACACAUCCCAGCAGGCAACAUGAAGAAGGAUGUCCUGGUCAACCUGACAAAAAGUAGAGUCAGUCCAAUCGGACCUCACGCCAUGAUUCCCCAUAGCAACCUCUUUGGAUUGUAACUAAUUAAAAAACGGUUGAACUUUGACCCAACGGAAGGAGGAACAGUUUUUUCUCUUCUCUCCUCUCUUCUUCAGAAGGAAAGAGCUGAAAUUACAACUGUUAUCCCAACGACUCAUUGUGAAAAGACACCUGAUAUACUAUCUGUAAUAAACAUCUCUGAGUGUACUUGUGUAUACGACUGUGGAUAGUCCCUCUAGAAUUGGAUAUUAACUCCAAAACUUUUAAACCAUACCCAUUUCAAUGCUAUCCAAGCAUUCAGGAAUAUAAACUCCUCUUCCUCUUAAUCUCCCCCCCCCCCUUCCUCCUCCUCCUCCUCCCUUCCUCCUCCUCCUCCUCCUCCUCCCCUUCCUCUUCCUCCUACUCUUUUUCCUCUUCCUCAACCUCCUCCUCCUUGGGGACCAUGGAUGUUCUGGGCUUGGUUGCGAGGCUACAGCUAAUGCUCUUGGCACUCCUGAGUGUGUGUCUGAGCCUGGAGUUCACCGGGGCCCCCGGCCAGUGGGCCCGCUACCUCCGCUGGGACGCCAGCACGCGCAGCGACCUCAGCUUCCAGUUCAAAACGGACAUGUCCACGGCGCUGCUACUGUACUUUGACGACGGCGGCUACUGCGACUUCCUGCAGCUGAUGGUGGUGGAAGGCAAGUUGCAGCUGCGCUUCAGCAUUGACUGCGCCGAUAUCGCCAUGGUGUCCGACAAGAGAGUUAAUGACAGCAGCUGGCACUUUGCCACGCUGAGCCGCUACGGCCUGCGGACGGUAUUGGGGCUGGAUGGCCAGGUCAAGGCGGACGAGGUGCGGCCCACCGGCGGUAGCCGCCAGCACAUGAAGAUAAUCAGUGACCUGUUUCUGGGAGGCGUGCCGCCGGACGUCCGUACGUCAGCGCUCACGCUGCCCACAGCGUGCGACGCCCCGCCCUUCAGAGGAACUAUCAUGGAUCUGAAGUAUGGGAACACGGAACCGGUUCUCCUCAGCAGCCUCAGGGUCCGUCUGGAGUCGGACCAGCGCUGUACGGAGAACCCGUGUGAGAAUGGUGGGAGCUGCUCCGUGGUGGAUGGGGAACCCGUGUGUGACUGUUCCAAAACGGAAUACAAGGGCUGUUUCUGCAAUGAAGAGUUCAACGACAAUAUUCCAGGAUUUUCACAUAUGAUGAUGGCAGAACAAGCUAAAAGCAAAGCGCGGGAGGAGAAUGUGGCCACGUUCCGCGGCUCUGAGUACUUCUGCUACGACCUGUCCCAGAACCCUAUCCAGUCCUCCAGCGACGAGAUCACGCUCUCCUUCAAGACGUGGCAGCGCAAUGGCCUGAUCCUCCACACGGGGAAGUCUGCUGACUACGUCAACCUGGCCCUGAAGGACGGAGCCAUGUCCCUGGUCAUCAACCUGGGCUCCGGGGCCUUCGAGGCCAUCGUGGAGCCUGUCAACGGGAAGUUCAAUGACAAUACCUGGCACGACGUCAAGGUCAUGCGCAACCUCAGACAGGUGACGUUAUCGGUUGACGGUAUCCUGACGACCACGGGCUACACCCAGGAGGACUACACCAUGCUGGGAUCCGAUGACUUCUUCUACGUGGGUGGAAGCCCCAGUACCGCUGACUUGCCUGGAUCUCCUGUCAGCAACAACUUCAUGGGCUGCCUCAAAGAGGUGGUCUACAAGAACAACGACAUCUGUCUGGAGCUCUCCCGUCUGGCGCAUAUCGUGGACCCCAAGAUGAAGAUCCAGGGGGAUGUGAUGUUUAAGUGUGAGAACGUGGCCACCAUGGACCCUAUCUCCUUCGAGACCCCCGAGGCCUACAUCAGCCUGCCCAAGUGGAACACCAAGAGAAUGGGUUCCUUGUCCUUUGACUUCAGGACCUCGGAACCCAACGGACUCAUCCUCUUCACCCACGGCAAGCCUCAGGAGCGCAAGGAGGCCCAACGCAGCCAGAAGAACAACAAGGUGGACUUCUUUGCGGUAGAACUGCUGGAUGGCAGUCUGUACCUGCUGUUGGACAUGGGUUCAGGGACCAUCAAGGUCAAAGCCACCCAGAACAAGGUCAACGAUGGAGCCUGGUACCACGUAGACAUACAGAGGGACGGACGCUCAGGCACCAUCUCAGUCAACAGCCGGCGCACUCCAUUCAUGGCCAGCGGAGAGAGUGAGAUCCUGGACCUGGAGGGGGACAUGUACCUAGGUGGUCUACCCUUAGACCGCUCCAACCUCAUCCUGCCCACCGAGCUGUGGACCGCCAUGCUCAACUAUGGCUACGUUGGCUGCGUGCGCGACCUCUUCAUCGACGGGCGCAGCAAGGACAUCCGACAGAUCGCUGAGGCCCAGAACGGCGCCGGCAUCAAGCCGUCGUGCAACAAAGUGGUGGGGAAACAGUGUGAGAGCUACCCGUGUAAGAACAGAGGCGUCUGCAAGGAGGGAUGGAACCGGUUUAUCUGCGAUUGUACUGGCACGGGGUACUGGUCACGUACCUGCGAGAGAGAGGCGUCGAUCUUGAGUUAUGACGGCAGCAUGUACAUGAAGGUGGUGAUGCCCCAGGUGAUGCACACGGAGGCAGAGGACGUGUCUCUGCGUUUCAUGUCCCAGCGGGCCUACGGCCUUCUCAUGGCCACUACCUCGCGAGACUCGGCCGACACGCUGCGUCUAGAGCUGGACGGGGGCCGGGUCAAGCUCACGGUCAACUUAGACUGUGUCAGGAUAAACUGUACUUCCAGCAAGGGACCCGAGACCCUGUAUGCUGGGCAAAAACUCAAUGAUAAUGAGUGGCAUACGGUGCGCGUGGUCCGCCGGGGAAAAACCUACAAGCUCAUGGUGGAUGAUGACAUAGCAGAAGGCCAGAUGGCGGGCGACCACACCCGCCUGGAGUUCCACAACAUCGAGACGGGCAUCAUGACGGAGAGACGAUUCGUCUCGGCCAUCCCCUCUAGCUUCAUUGGACACCUACAGAGUCUCAGGUUCAACGGUUUGCUGUAUAUAGAUCUCUGUAAGAACGGAGACAUCGACUUCUGCGAGCUCAACGCCCGAUUUGGCAUGCGCUCCAUCAUCGCUGACCCUGUGACCUUCAAGACGAAGAGCAGCUACCUGAGCCUGGCCACCCUGCAGGCCUACACCACCAUGCACCUGUUCUUUCAGUUCAAAACCACCUCGCCUGACGGAUUCAUACUGUUCAACAGUGGAGAUGGCAAUGACUUCAUCGCUGUGGAGCUGGUUAAAGGGUACAUCCACUAUGUGUUUGAUCUUGGCAAUGGGCCCAACGUCAUCAAGGGCAACAGCGACCGGGCUCUACAUGACAACCAGUGGCACAAUGUGGUCAUCACUCGUGACAACAGCAACAUUCACACUCUGAAGGUGGACGCCAAGGCAACCAGUCAGGUGGUCAACGGAGCCAAGAACCUCGACCUGACAGGUGACUUGUUUAUCGCUGGGCUGGGCCCUGGUAUGUACGGUAGCCUGCCCAAGCUGGUGGCGUCCAGGGACGGUUUCCAGGGCUGCCUGGCCUCAGUGGACCUCAACGGCCGCCUCCCUGACCUCCUCCAGGACGCUCUUUUCCGCAGCGGGCAGAUAGAGCGCGGAUGCGAAGUCGGUUUCACCAAAGCUGACCUACAAGGUCCUAGCACCACCUGUCAGGAGGACUCAUGUACCAACAUGGGCGUCUGUAUCCAGCAGUGGGAGAACUACACCUGCGACUGCUCCAUGACCUCCUUCACCGGCACGCGGUGCAAUGAUCCUGGGACCACCUAUAUCUUUGGGAAAGGAGGAGGCCUCAUCACGUUCAAGUGGCCAGCCAACGAGAGGCCCAGCACGCGUACAGACAGGCUGACCGUGGGGUUCAGUACCUCCCUAAAGGACAGCAUCCUGGUCCGGAUAGACAGCGCUCCGGGUCUUGGAGACUAUCUCAUGCUCCACAUCGAACAAGGGAAGAUUGGUGUGACGUUUAACAUCGGCACAAUGGACAUCAGCGUGAGAGAGAAUAGCACACCAGUGAAUGACGGGCUGUACCAUGUUGUACGCUUUACCAGAAACGGGGGUAACGCCACACUCCAGGUGGACAACUGGUCUAUCAAUGAACACUUCCCAGGAGCGACGACCGAUAAUGAACGUCUUGAAAUUGCCACUAAGAAAUUCCCGUUGAAAUACGCCCGGCCAGUAGUGGAUUGGCUACAGGAGAAAGGCCGGCAGCUUACCAUAUUCAAUACCCAGGCCUUGGUGACCAUCGGUGGCAGCGACCGCAGUCGGCCCUUCCAGGGACAGCUGUCCGGCCUCUACUACAAUGGCCUGAAAGUCCUCAACAUGGCCGCCGAGGGCAACCCCAACAUCAAAAUCAAUGGCAGCGUCCGGUUGGUGGGUGACACGCCCUCCGUGGCCGGGUCGGCCCGCACUACCGCCCAGCCGCCCGAGUUAUCCACCACCUUUAUUGAGACCACCACCACCAUGUCCACCACCACCACCCGCAAGCACCACUCCUCUCCCACCAUACAGCAGACGACAGAUGACAUGGUGUCUUCGGCAGAGUGUUCCAGUGACGACGAGGACCUGGAGGAGUGCGACUCUGGCCGUGCAGCCCUGCCCACCCAGCCCGGCGUCAACCGAGUCCCGGGACCCCCGGAAGUGUCCCGCCAGUCUAGCAGCACCAUCGGGAUGGUCGUCGGGAUAGUGGCGGCCGCCGCCCUGUGCAUCGUCAUCCUCCUGUACGCCAUGUAUAAGUACAGGAACAGGGACGAGGGUUCCUACCAGGUGGACGAGAGCAGGAAUUACAUCACCAACUCGGCCACGCAGAGCAACGGAGCCGUCCUGAAGGACAAACAGCAAAGCUCGAAAGGCGUCAAAGGAAAAGAAAAAAACAAGGACAAGGAGUAUUACGUUUGAGUGACGGACGUUGAGAGAUGAAAAGAGAGAGGAAGAGAAAGACAGGUAUAGAGAAAUAUAGAACUGUAAUUAACAGUUACCUUCUAAGGAGCUGCGAUGACAAAAUAUGGUAAGAACUAGAACCGUUACUUGAUACUGUGUAGAGUGAACUAUGACAUGUGUUGUAAUAUCAAGAAGACUUACUAUUGUAAGCAUACAGAGAAGGCUAAUAGCAUCUUUUGAGACCUUCCUCUUCUGUCGGGUCGUGUACAACUACUUCACAGUGACUGCAUCAUCAUCCUAAGGGACUUUUAGAACUAUGUGAUCCUUGGCGUAAAAUAUUUUUUGGGGUUUGUUUUUGUAAACCUGUACAAAAUGAAAGAUGUUCGUUAAUCUUGACCGUCUUCAGCAUGUAAGCAACAUGUAGUGCUUUAUCAAGAGUGGGUCAGGAUGAAAAGGAUCAUUGUAAAGUCAAUGAAAAAAAAAUGGACUACUGCUGUUAAAAGAUAUCGUACAUUUUUUUAUUGUAUGGAUGGUUUCGACGUUAUAAAAGUGUGGUGUCUACGCAACAAAUAAAAAAAAACAUCUACUACUCUAUGUAUCAAAUGACACCAAGUGAGCUCAAAUGGCUGAGGAAAGAUCUCUUAGGAUCUCUUCAGAUCUCAGAGCUCUGUUGUCUGUCCUCUGAUCUCAACAUGAUUACUCUCGUUGUGUGACAGACGGACAGAGUGACACUGACGUGUGAUCCUGGCGAGAAGUGGUUGUGACAGACGGACAGAGUGACACUGACGUGUGAUCCUGGCGAGAAGUGGUUACUUGUUUUUGUCUCGGUUAAAAGCAACUGAUAGUAAUGCAUGUAAUCCAUUCUACCACAAGUGUACAGUACAGUACAAUAUACCACUAGAGUACAAUAUACCAUGACAGUACAUACCAGUACAGUAUAUUGUACAGUACAGUACAAUAUACCACUAGAGUACAAUAUACCAUGACAGUACAUACCAGUACAGUACAAUAUACCACUAGAGUACAAUAUACCAUGACAGUACAUACCAGUACAGUACAAUAUACCACUAGAGUACAAUAUACCAUGACAGUACAUACCAGUACAGUACAAUAUACCACUAGAGUACAAUAUACCAUGACAGUACAUACCAGUACAAUAUACCACUAGAGUACAAUAUACCACUAGAGUACAAUAUACCAUGACAGUACAUACCAGUACAGUAUAUUGUACAGUACAGUACAAUAUACCACUAGAGUACAAUAUACCAUGACAGUACAUACCAGUACAGUAUAUUGUACAGUACAGUACAAUAUACCACUAGAGUACAAUAUACCAUGACAGUACAUACCAGUACAGUAUAUUGUACAGUACAGUACAAUAUACCACUAGAGUACAAUAUACCAUGACAGUACAUACCAGUACAGUAUAUUGUACAGUACAGUACAAUAUACCACUAGAGUACAAUAUACCAUGACAGUACAUACCAGUACAGUAUAUUGUACAGUACAGUACAAUAUACCACUAGAGUACAAUAUACCAUGACAGUACAUACCAGUACAGUAUAUUGUACAGUACAGUACAAUAUACCACUAGAGUACAAUAUACCAUGACAGUACAUACCAGUACAGUACAAUAUACCACUAGAGUACAAUAUACCAUGACAGUACAUACCAGUACAGUACAAUAUACCACUAGAGUACAAUAUACCAUGACAGUACAUACCAGUACAGUACAAUAUACCACUAGAGUACAAUAUACCAUGACAGUACAUACCAGUACAAUAUACCACUAGAGUACAAUAUACCACUAGAGUACAAUAUACCAUGACAGUACAUACCAGUACAGUAUAUUGUACAGUACAGUACAAUAUACCACUAGAGUACAAUAUACCAUGACAGUACAUACCAGUACAGUAUAUUGUACAGUACAGUACAAUAUACCACUAGAGUACAAUAUACCAUGACAGUACAUACCAGUACAGUAUAUUGUACAGUACAGUACAAUAUACCACUAGAGUACAAUAUACCAUGACAGUACAUACCAGUACAGUAUAUUGUACAGUACAGUACAAUAUACCACUAGAGUACAAUAUACCAUGACAGUACAUACCAGUACAGUAUAUUGUACAGUACAGUACAAUAUACCACUAGAGUACAAUAUACCAUGACAGUACAUACCAGUACAGUAUAUUGUACAGUACAGUACAUACCAUUACAGUAUAUUGUACAGUACAGCACAUACCAGUACAGUAUAUUGUACAGUACAGUACAUACUAGUACAGUAUAUUGUACAGUACAGUACAAUAUACCACUAGAGUACAAUAUACCAUGACAGUACAUGCCAGUACAGUAUAUUGUACAGUACAGUACAUACCAGUACAGUAUAUUGUACAGUACAGUACAAUAUACCACUAGAGUACAAUAUACCAUGACAGUACAUACCAGUACAGUAUAUUGUACAGUACAGUACAUACUAGUACAGUAUAUUGUACAGUACAGUACAUACUAGUACAGUAUAUUGUACAGUACAGUACAUACCAUUACAGUAUAUUGUACAGUACAGCACAUACCAGUACAGUAUAUUGUACAGUACAGUACAUACUAGUACAGUAUAUUGUACAGUACAGUACAUACUAGUACAGUAUAUUGUACAGUACAGUACAUACCAUUACAGUAUAUUGUACAGUACAGCACAUACCAGUACAGUAUAUUGUACAGUACAGUACAUACUAGUACAGUAUAUUGUACAGUACAGUACAUACCAUUACAGUAUAUUGUACAGUACAGUACAUACCAUUACAGUAUAUUGUACAGUACAGCACAUACCAGUACAGUAUAUUGUACAGUACAGCACAUACCAUUACAGUAUAUUGUACAGUACAGUACAUACCAUUACAGUAUAUUGUACAGUACAGCACAUACCAUUACAGUAUAUUGUACAGUACAGUACAUACCAUUACAGUAUAUUGUACAGUACAGCACAUACCAUUACAGUAUAUUGUACAGUACAGCACAUACCAUUACAGUAUAUUGUACAGUACAGUACAUACUAGUACAGUAUAGUGUACAGUACAGCACAUACCAUUACAGUAUAUUGUACAGUACAGUACAUACCAGUACAGUAUAUUGUACAGUACAGCACAUACCAGUACAGUAUAUUGUACAGUACAGCACAUACAUUACAGUAUAUUGUACAGUACAGCACAUACCAGUACAGUAUAUUGUACAGUACAGUACAUACUAGUACAGUAUAUUGUACAGUACAGCACAUACAUUACAGUAUAUUGUACAGUACAGUACAAUAUAUAAACUUUGCUUGAACAGUCCUUUUCUCUCUAAAGGCCAAACUUUAUACUUCGUCAUCAUCAAGACCCCACAACUUUUUUGAUUUUAAAUGAUAAAUGAUAAAAUGGUCUGUUGGUUUGCAGUCGUGCUGGUUGUGUCUUUUGCAGGCCUCUGUGUGUUUUGUUAAUCACCUCUCGUUCUAUUUUCUAUGGAGCUGUCCCAUCAAGGUCAGAAUGCAGUACUAUAACACUGUUAAAGAUGUCUAUACAGAAAUAAAGCUAACGUGAAAAGUGUGAAUUCUAUCUGUCACAGUCAAAACUGUGUCAAACAAACACAUUUGUUUACAUAUUUUAUUACAUUAUAGCCGUUGUACUUUGUAGGUACUAGCUAUUGUACAUAACCAUCUAAGUUGUGAUUUUUUUGUAAUUAUAUUGUACAGACUGAUCAUAUGGUUUAUCAGUGUAUUUCACGAAGAAACAUCUAUAACUGUUAACUGACGUGAAAAAAGACUUUGAGAAUACACAUUUUAGUAAAGAUAAUCAAAUACAAGAUGGCCGAUCUUAAUUAUACAAAUGCUUUCUUCUUCUUCUCUGGUUAUUUUAGUGUUAGUUAUAUUUUGAAAAGAUUGAAGAGAAGCUAUAUUAAUGGAAGACUAUAGCUGUUGGAUGCGCAGUUCAGACAAUCUCCUGAAACACCGUGUGAUUCUUACCUCCAGGUCUGGACACUAACAUUCAUGACGAAUCAUUCGCUUUUCAUAUUUGUUUUAUAUAUUUUUGUUAUACAGUGCCUUGCAAAAGUAUUCAUCCCCCUUGAUGUUUUUCCUAUUUUGUUGCAUUACAACCUGUAAUUUAAAUUGAUUUUUAUUUGGAUUUCAUGUAAUGGACAUACACAAAAUAGUCCAAAUUGGUGAAGUGAAAUGAAAAAAAAUCACUUGUUUCAAAAUAUGUAAAAAAAAAUAAAAAUACGGAAAAGUGGUUCGUGCAUAUGUCUUCAACCCCUUUGCUAUGAAGCCCCUAAAUAAGAUCUGGUGCAACCAAUUACCUUCAGAAGUCACAUAAUUAGUUAAAUAAAGUCCACCUGUGUGCAAUCUAAGUGUCACAUGAUCUCAGUGUAUAUACACCUGUUCUGAAGGGCCCCAGAGUCUGCAACACCACUAAGCACGGGGCACCACCAAGCAAGCGACACCAUGAAGACCAAGGAGCUCUCCAAGUAGGUCAGGGACAAAGUUGUGGAGAAGUACAGAUCAGGGUUUGGUUAUAAAUAAAUAUCAGGAACUUUGAACAUCCCAUGGAGCACCAAUAAAUCCAUUAUUAAAAAAUGGAAAGAAUAUGGCACCACAACAAACCUGCCAAGAGAGGGCCGCCCACCAAAACUCACAGACCAGGCAAGGAUGGCAUUAAUCACAGAGGCAACAAAGAGACCAAAGAUAAUCCUGAAGGAGAUGCAGAGCUCUACAGCGGAGAUUGGAGUAUCUGUCCAUAGGACCACUUUAAGCUGUACACUCCACAGAAUUGGGCUAUAUGGAAGAGUGGCCAAAAAAAGCCAUUGCUUAAAGAAAGAAAUUUGCAAAUACGUUUGGUGUUCGCCAAAAGGCAUGUGGGAGACUCCCCAAACAUAUGGAAGAAGGUACUUAGGUCAGAUGAAACAAAAAUUUAGCUUUUUGGCAAUCAAGGAAAACGCUAUAUCUGGCGCAAACCCAACACCUAGCAUUACCCCUAGAACACCAACCCCACAGUGAAGCAUGGUAGUGGCAGCAUCAUGCUGUGUGGAUAUUUUUCCUCGGCAGGGACUGGGAAACUGGUCAGAAUUGAGGAAAUGAUGGAUGACGCUAAAUACAGGGAAAUUCUUGAGGGAAUCCUUUGUCUUCCAGAGAUUUGAGACUGGGAUGGAGGUUCACCUUCCAGGAGGACAAUGACCCUAAGCAUACUGCUAAAGCAACAUUCAAGAGGUUUAAUGGGAAACAUUUAAAUGUAUUGGAAUGGCCUAGUCAAAGCCCAGACCUCAAUCCGAUUGAGAAUCUGUGGUAUGACUUAAAGAUUGCUGUACACCAGCGGAACCCAUCCAAGUUGAAGCAGCUGGAGCAGUUUUGCCUUGAAGAAUGGGCAAAAAUACCAGUUGCUAGAUGUGCCAAGCUGAUAGAGAUAUCCCAAGAGGCUUGCAGCUGUAAUUGCUUGUCUUAUUUCUUGUUCGUUUCACAAAAAAAUAUAUUUUUCAUCUUAAAGGGGUAGGUAUGUGGUGUAAAUUGAAUGAUACAACAUUUAAGGUUAAAGGCAACAAAAUAGGAAAAAUUCCAAGGUGUGUGAACUUUUACUUUCACAACUUUUACUUUCGCAAGGCACUGUAUAUAUACUGUAUAUGUAUAUAUAUAUUUUCAGGAUCCUUAUAUUUUUAUAUAUUUUAUUUGAUUUAAUUUGUGACUAUGGCCAGACUGUUUGUAAUCACUGACACUUUGGUGUUUUUGUCAUCUUUAGUUUUAUUAGAUUAUUAUUAUUUUGGAGUAUUUCAAUAUUGUUUUCUAUUAGUUUUUAUAUUUUUUCAUGCUCUUUUUUUCCAUGAAUUGCUUUGCAAUAAAAUGUUCUUCCCAAA